AUGGACUACAUCGCCAUAUCUAAGGAAGACGAGGCUGCGAAGGCUCUUGCUGACCGAAUUCAAGGCUCAUUGCUUACACGCAAACAGAACUUAAACGUAUUUAAGGGCUUAAAACUCCGUGGUGAGGGGGCAGAAGGUGAUGUUCCUGUUGUUCGGAUCAGUAGCGACAAGGAAAAACCACAUGUGCAAGAGUUGUCGUAUAAACAGGAGGAGCUAAAUGAGCCGCACAAUGAUUUGAGACCUGCCUCUAAGGAGGAGACAGAAGUUUACAAGUUGUUUAUAAGCGAUAACGUUGACAAGGUAACGAAAGAUCUCUUUACUAGCGAUGCGUUUCGUAGUUGGUCGAAACAUGUUGCCGACGCCUUUCCAGAUGAUCGAAAAUUGGGGGCUGACCUUAUGGUGUCGGCACUGGCAAAACACCGCAUGGACAAACUGGAGGACUUCAUUCCGACUACUGAAGCUGUCGACGGCAAAUUAGCUUUUGCAAACAUUUCGAAAAAGCGCUAUUCGAGUACGUCGCCACUGCUAAGGAUAUUGAGGAUUCAUAGGCUUCUGCCGUUGCUUUUGAAGGCUCACACUUAG